CCGAAUUGAUUCCUCGUUGAAAAAUCUCUUAAUUGCCGUGAAACUAGAAAGUGUUUUUACCACUUCCUUGGAUUAAGAUGAAUGUUUUUAUAGUUGACAAAAGGGUUUAAAUCGAACGAUGCUUUCUAUAAAGAAWAGGAGUGGAGGAGUCGUCGUUGUAUUUGAAUUCAUCGCAGCGAGAAUUCUACGUCGGAUUCUAAAAGGGUAAUUUGGAAUAUCAAAAGAUUUGCGUCUACCGCGUAGGAGCGCAAAAUGAUAUGCUAAAUAAGYCUGAUGUUUUUGCAUAWAUUACAUGAUCUAUACCAUCUGUGACAGAGCUGUGUUGACAAAAGCGAAACAAGGAAAAAAUAGAGCCGGGGAUUACAAAUCGACAAUUGUAUCCUUUCAAGCGGCAACUCRAUAAUGGAAGAAGAAGAAAAAUCCGAAGAAACAGACACCACAGCUCAACGGUUAUUUUACGACGUUAAAGAAGUCGAUGCAGUCGAACUUCCCGAUGAAYCCAAAGUCAAAGAGCGGCCWCGAACGAUUCUUGCCUUCUUCAUGUUCGGAUUUUUGAUUUACGCUACUUACUCACUCAUAAUCUCUGGCGCUCAGGACAUUUUACAAGGAACUUUAGUCCCAACCUCAGCAGUUCUAGUAGCUAAUAUUGGGCCUUAUUUCGGCGUGACUCUCAUAGCGCCUUACUUUAUUCAACGAAUUCCAUACUUUCCUCGUGUCUUGGCUGUGUUUCUACUAGAAACAUCUGGCCUUAUCAUGGUGGUUGUCGGACAUAAUGUCACAGUAAAGUUGGUUGGUAUUGGUUUUUCAUCGACUGGUUUUGGUCUCGGGGAGCUGUCUUUUAUAGCUAUGACUUCGUUUUAUGACGAAGCAGCGGUUAGAGCGUUUUCGGCUGGAACUGGUGCAGGAAUUGCACUUGCACCAUUAUAUUACACAGCUAUGACAACAUGGGCCUGCAUUCCUCCCAACACCGCAAUCUCGAUAAUGGCCGUCUGCCUUGUUCUUAUUUUGGCCUUCUAUGGAAUAAUGGAUCGAAAGCAUUCCGAGUCCUUCACCACCCAAGAGAAUGAUAGCUUCUCAAGCGUGCCUUAUAAGCCAAUCGGAAUCGACUCCAUUGAUGACGACAACCCAAAGAGCCCACGGUCCAGGAUGACAUUCCUUGAAAAGGUCACAGCAGUUAGUCACGUGUUUCCCACCAUGCUUUGCGUUGUUCUGGCCUGGACCGCUGAAUAUCUCAUCAUCCAAUCAGUCAUCACSACCAUCGCAUUUGUCGACGCACCCUUCCCUCCACGMGAUCACUACCAGUAUUACAUAUUUGUUUUUCUAGGAGGAGAACUGUUUGGGAGAUCCUACCUUAUUUUCUUCUCAUACGUGUGGCCUAGUUUGGCGCCUAAAUUGGUGAUCAGACAACUUUGGAGUCUUACAUUUGUCGAAGUUGGAAUAUUGGUGUUUUUUAUUUUUGCKGCGUGGUACCGUUUCCUCCCAAGCGUCGCCAUUCCGUUAAUUGUCUCAUUCAUAGCAGGCGUGAUAAUCGGUAUCAUGUACGUCAACAUGUUGACGGUUUUCAGUGAYAURGAGGAUGACAUGCAGAGAGAGUUUGUCCUCGGCUAUGCCUCGGCUGCUACAGGGUGUGGCGCGUUUACUGCUGGUCUURUUGGCCUCGUUUUGGAGCCUUGGCUACGUCAUCAUUGCCUUAAAGUUUCACCUUCAAGUGACUUUUGCUUUACGCGGUCAGUGGGGAAAAUUAACUCAUGUGGUACUUGAAUGAUAUUCUUGAAAAACARGAAAAAUAAUUUUCUUUAAUGUAUUUUUUUGUUAAAGAAGGGAUUUGACCUAAUUUAUCUAAAUCUAAAUUUAUUUUUAAUACUUAUACACAUUCAAAGAGAUAAUAUUAUUGAUACAAUUACGAUGCACAAUACACAGAAUAUAUAUUAUUGAUAGUGACGAAGACGUUUAUUGCAAUGAACUAGGGGAAAUAGGAAUUUACACACAAAAAUUGGGGUAUUAUUUGUACGGCAAUAUUCAAAGCGAAUAACCGCUGCUUUAUUUGACAACAGAUUCUCUUGCGCAAAGACCUUACCGAAAACAAAGAAAGCAUAAGAAAAUGUCGUUAUUACAAUAGCUUUUGCAUUUUCAGCUUGCGCGAUUUGAAGCUUACCCUGUAUUUCCAAAAGGCCUAAGGUUUAGUUUAAGCCUUCUGGGAAUACAGGGUUCGCCUCAACUGGGGUAAAAUGAAAUGUUUUUAGUGCCAUUGUACUUCAACAUUAAUUUUCUCGAGUUUUCUCUUUUGUUUGGUUUUUGUUUGGUUGUAAGAAAAUCUGCGUUCAAAUUAACCAGCGGUUAUUUGCUAUGAGUUCGAAAAUGGAGUAUUGAGUACUAUGUGUAAGUUAUUAAGUUAUUCAUAGGGUAAGAACUCGGGACUUUGGUUGUUAUUUCUUGUUAUGGUUUUUCCAAAUUCCUUACAAAGAAAUAAAUAUAUGUAGUUUUACGUUGUUCUUGUAAUCAAAGAACAGUAUUGACAAAAGCAACAUAUGUUAGUGAUACUGGAAUUAAAGAAAUAACUGGUGAAUAUCAAAGAUAACAGAUGCAUAUAGGGCAAAAAUCGAACGAAAAUGUGGGAUGGAUAACUUAUUAUAUCAGUAAAUAGGGAAUAGAAUAAAGAUACAAGGUUCUAAA